AUGCCACCAAAGCCGAAAGAUCCACGUAAGUUUACCAUCUAUUGCAUGAUUGGUGGGGUAAAGAUCCCACAUGUUCUAUGUGAUUUAGAAUCAAGUAUAAAUGUAAUGCCCCUUAAUAAGGCUAAAGAAUUGAAUUUGGGAAAGAUUAUAUCGAGUAAUAUGACUCUUACCUUGGCCGAUUUAUCUGUUACUUACCUUCAUGGUAUCUUACAAGACGUGUUGGUACAUGUUGAUGGUCUAGUUUUUCCUGUAAAUUUUGUGGUAGUCGACAUGAAGGGAGAAAUAAGUGGUUUAGUUAUUCUCAGACACCCAUUUUUGACAACUAGGAAAGCAUUAAUAGAUGUGGAAACCGGUGAUCUUAGAUUUAAGUUCAACAAGAAAAAAGUGGUGUUUAAUGUGUAUGAUUGGACACCAUAUGUAGAUGAUACGGAAACAUGCUACCAGAUGAAAGAAAAAGGUGGCAAGGUUGACAAAGGAAAGAAGAAAGGUAAACUAUUCGGUGUGAGGGACUCCCUUGCACCUGACGUGCCUUAG